CCUCUCUCAUCACCUACCCGUUCAUCAGCAGACCAGAUCAUCAUCAUCCAACGUUCGUGACCCUCCAGGUUGCCCCGCUCCUCAACGCGUCUCUUCCCGAUGUUCCAGUACCCCAAACAACCCGAUCACGACAUAUCAUCUCUGUUCUUGCUUCAAUUCAAACCAAUCAUCCAUCUUUACCUGCCCUUGAGCAAGCUCUGCAUGCCUUUCAAGCAUUAGGGGACAAAGAAACAUCAGCUGAGGACCAUGGGUUGGAGUGGGUGCUGAUACAACGCCUUGUUGUGCGGACGUACGAAGAGUGCAUGGUUCGGUUGAUGCAUGAGGCAGCACGAGAUGAAAGUGCAGCAGAAUGGUGGGGUCGCGCUGAGAGAGUAGGCGCGGGAGCUGGCUGGUACUUGUUCGAAACAUUACCCAUCCGCUUGUACAACCUCAUUAUUGUUCUCCUUCGGCAACCUCAUCCCAUACUGUCGCUACUACACUCCACGCGUCAUCUCCCGCCACCGCCUCGCUCGCCGAGUCCAGUCCAUCUCCACCCGAUCGUCGCACACCUGUUCCAACUUCCGCCAUCACCUUCCCCUACACCUCUCACAGCACUCCUCGAUCCACUUCAUCUCGCCCGCUUGGAAUGCAGAUAUCACAAAACCCAUUUGUUCCAGGGCCGAGAUGAUCGAGCCGAAGCUGUCGGUCGACUGCUUGGCGUGUUCGACCGACUCAAAGAUUGUCAACCAGGCACUGAUCAAUUUGCCAAUGCUGUACGCGAUCUUUCUGCAGCCCUGCCUGGACACGUUGAGCUGAAGGAACCCAUCGACACGACCCCGUCAUCAUACGCCUACCAUCUUCUUGCAGCUUUGGACAGCCUCAAGCUUUCCUCUGAGAAACAUGAUGCAAGUAUGGCACACCAUGCUCCGCCAUCCAGAUGGACACAACUGUGGCCUCGACUCGUUUUCCUCCCUCUGAUCGCGUAUGUUGCUGCGCGUUCUCUUUAUGUGAGCCGUGAGCAGAUCUGGGGUUGGAUAUUGGACGCGAAAGAAACUGUCCGAGUAUUCUUAAUCAGCUGGGUGAUCGAGCCGAUUAUGGAUAUCCUGAAGACCAUCCGGACUGGUGAGGGCGAGGUCAAGGUUGUCAGCCCGGAAGGCGUCAAGUCUGAUCUUGAUAGCCUAGAACGUAUGGCAGUUUCUUUGGCAGCUGACAAGCUCAAAUAUACCCCGGAACAGCAAGCAGAACUAGGGUCAUCCAUCCGAGCUGGUGAUCUUACAGCGGUUCUGCGCAUAUAUGAGGAAGACAUCAAAGCCCCACUUCGUUCCGCCAUCGGUGGUACGCUUAUACGGACUCUGCUCAUUCAAGUGCAGAAGCUCAAGGUCGACGUGGACGUCGCUCUUUCAGGAAUUGAUAAGCUGCUCAAGUCUCAAGAACUGACAUUCGCCUUCGUCGGUGUGGCACCAAGCAUCACGAUCCUGUAUUUUUCAGGGUCAUGGUUGUCCAGUCUCUGGUAUUCUGGUCGUGGCCGCGGACGAUAUGGCGGUGAACGUAAGCGAGAAGAAGCGUGGCUAUCUCUUCGCCGAGUCGAGCAUCUGCUCCUGGCGCCAGAACCGUUGCCACCACUCACUCAAGGCUUGCUGGUUCUGUCGUUGUCUUCGCUUCGCACGUACGGCCAAACACAUUUGCCGGUGCGAACCCGGCUACGAGAAGGCUUCUUGGAAGAUGUGGGCUAUUUAGAGGACGUGAGCUUGCAAAGAGGUGACAAAAGAUUGGUCGUCCAGCGCAUGAGAGCGGAUUGGGGAACAGUGUUGGGCUGGACAACAGUUGCUGGUAAAGCCUAGGGUGGACCGGCCACAGCCCUUGUGCGAUCACGAGCACAUUGAAUAGGGUAUGUUACGGGCAGGCGUUCCGCUGUGGCGUUUCUCCAACUGGAGCUUAUGGCCCCACACGAAUGCUCGGGCCUAGGGAUAGCCCAGGGACAAAAGGAUUACCCCGUGUUGCUUCGUUCGAGUACCCGUGCGAGUCUCCAAUUUGAGUCACAAGUAUUCCACAGAAGU